AAAUGAACGUCAGUGAGGGCGCUAAUGUCCAUAAGCAAUAUUUAGGGAUUUGUUUGACAGAAAAAACUGUAGUUCCGAAUACGGACACAUGCAUUACAAUAAUAUGACAAUAUGUAAAUGUAACAAAUAUUUCCUAGUUGUAGUUUGAAGCUAUCAGGUUUGGGUUGUUGCAUUUGACGAGUCUAAAGUUUAUUUUGUAAUCGAGUGAUAUCAGCGUUAGUAAAAUGAAAAAAGUUUUAAAUGAGUGGUGUAUCAAUGCACCAUGGGGUGAAAUUGCUCUUAUAUCCUGGGGUGACCCAAAGGGUUCCCCAAUACUGCUGGUGCACGGGAGACAGGACAGCUCAGCCGGAUUCAUUCCUCUGCUGGAGCUGCUGCCUGACAACUACUACUAUGUGGCUCUGGACCUGCCUGGCCAUGGCAAGUCGGACCCUUUUCCUAUUGGUAUAAUGCUGCAAAGAUUUCACUAUGUUGCUGCUAUAUCAAUGGUAGUGGACCACUUAGGUUGGGACAAGUUCAUGUAUUUAGCACAUUCCAUGGCAUCUGAACUAGGUCUUUUCUACAACGCAAUUUAUCCAAACAGAGUCCGAAAGUUCAUACUUCUAGAUCCAGGAUUAUCUCUUGUGAGACUAAUGAAAUACCUAUACAAUAAUUUUACGGACUUUUACAAAAAAUAUGACGAAUACUACACCAAUUACGAUGAUUAUGUAAAAGACACAAGGGUUUACAGUAAACGAAAAGCAAUUGACGCUGUGAAAAGAGCCAGAGGUCUUACUGAGGAGCAGGCCGAGCUUAUUUUGUCUAGGAAUCUACAGGAAAUAGGUCCGGACCAGUAUAGGCUAUCCUGGGAUAAACGAUUGAAAGUCCUAAUGACAUGGUACGAACCAGAAGAUUACUAUUUAGAGUUGUUUUCUAGGAACUGUCCGCCAUUGUUCAUCGUAUCAGCCGCGGAGAGUCUUAAUUAUUUCGAUCCAAAAGUCAGUGAGAGAAUGGAUGGAUUUUUCGAAAAGUUACGAGCUAAAGUGGAUUAUUUUCAGUUAGUUACCGUACCUGGAGGUCAUGAUGUACACAUCACUCAUCCAUUCAGAAUUUCUAAAGAAAUCUGCGAGUUUCUAGAGACAAACUAUGACCAUGAUUAUAAGUCUAAGUUAUGAUAAUUAUGUAAGUAUUUAAGAACAAGUUAGGUACAAUAGCAGUACUUAAACAAUGUGUCCUGAUUGGACCUUUCCUACAAAAUAAAGCAUAAAAUAAUGUACAUAGUUAUGUAAAGCACCCAAACAUUUAGGUAUUAUUAUUAGGAUAGGUGUGUAGGCACCGAGUAGUAGGUACCGACCAUAAUUAAAAUAUCUUCAAAGUAUUUUAAACUUACUAAGUAAGUACCUAUAUCGCUAUUAUUAGCUUAUUAAGAGUUUGGUGACAGGAAUUAGUUAGUAAAAUUACCUAUCUUAAAAACCUUUAAAGAACCUGAUAAAUAUAAUCAUAAUACA